AGCAAAUUAAGGAAAGAUAAAAAUUAGUUUUCUGGAUUUGUAACCUCAGCUAUGACUUCUCCAGGAUCAGCAGAGACAAAAGAGAGCCAGCCCUGUAACAAAUGAUAAAAAAGAGGGAGAACAAAGAAGUUUGGUAAAAGCUAACCAGAUGACCUUGAAAAAAAUCUGAUCUUUAUCUCUAGUCCUCUACUUCCUAAAAAGAAUUGAGGAAGCUUUGUUUGGUCACCAUGAAGCUAUCCCAAGCACCCCAAAGUCUUCUGUUGACGCUACUAUGCUUCCUGGGUAUUGCUUCCAGAUCAAAUGCAUCAUCUCUUGGGCCACCAGCCAUCACUGCUGCCUCCUUCCUUCAAGAACUCAUGCAUCGCUAUGGUGAAGCAGACACCCUCACCCUGCAACAGCUGAAGAUCCUGCUCAAUCACCUCAACGUGGGAGUUGGACGGGACAAUGUUACCCAGCCAAAGCUGGAACAGAGGAAUCUUUCUAGGUGUUUUAGCUCUUCAGACCUCUUUGCUGCCCAUAAUUUCAGUGAGCAGUCGAGGAUCGGCAGAUCUGAAUUUCAGGAAUUCUGUCCCACAAUCUUGCAGCAGCUAGACUCUCGAGCCUGCACCUUGGAGAACCAAGAGAAUGAGGAGGACGAGCAGACAGAGGAAGGGAAACCAAGUGCAGUAGAAGUGUGGGGAUACGGUCUGCUCUGCGUGACCGUCAUUUCCCUCUGCUCCCUCGUCGGGGCCAGCGUGGUGCCCUUCAUGAAGAAGACUUUUUACAAGAGGCUGCUGCUCUACUUCAUAGCUCUGGCGAUUGGAACCCUCUACUCCAAUGCCCUCUUCCAGCUCAUCCCUGAGGCUUUUGGAUUCAACCCUCUAGAAGAUUAUUAUGUCUCAAAAUCGGCAGUGGUAUUUGGAGGCUUUUACCUCUUCUUCUUCACAGAGAAGAUUUUGAAAAUGCUUCUCAAACAGAAAGACGAGCAUCACCAUGGGCAUAGUCAUUAUGUUUCAGAGACUCUUCCUUCUAAGAAGGACCAGGAAGAGGGAGUGACUGAGAAGUUGCAGAAUGGAGACCUAGAUCACAUGAUACCACAGCACCUGAAUAGGGAUCUGGAAGACAAGACCCCAGGGAUAGACGAGAAGGUUAUUGUAGGCUCUUUGUCUGUCCAGGAUCUACAGGCAUCCCAGAGUGCAUGUUAUUGGAUAAAAGGUGUCCACUACUCUGACAUUGGCACAUUGGCCUGGAUGAUCACCCUGAGUGAUGGCCUCCACAACUUUAUUGAUGGCUUGGCCAUUGGCGCCUCAUUUACUGUGUCUGUUUUCCAAGGCAUCAGCACCUCAGUGGCAAUUCUCUGUGAGGAGUUUCCACAUGAAUUGGGAGAUUUUGUCAUUCUUCUAAAUGCUGGAAUGAGUAUCCAACAGGCUCUCUUCUUCAACUUCCUUUCUGCCUGCUGCUGCUACCUGGGUCUGGCCUUCGGGAUUUUGGCUGGCAGUCACUUUUCUGCCAAUUGGAUCUUUGCUCUCGCUGGGGGAAUGUUUCUCUAUAUUGCGCUGGCUGAUAUGUUCCCAGAGAUGAAUGAAGUUUGUCAAGAAGAAGAAAGGAGUGGCAGCAUCCUCAUUCCCUUUAUCAUCCAGAAUCUGGGUCUGCUCACAGGCUUCACCAUCAUGCUAGUUCUUACCAUGUACUCGGGGCAAAUUCAAAUAGGAUAGUGCCAUGCUAUAAAUAGUAGGUCUGGCAGUGGAACUCACUGGGGUACCCUGUCAACACACAGCACUGGUCUGAGGACAAUUUCAACAAAGCACGACAGAAGAGGCAUUUCUGCUAAAGGCUAUUCCCUCAUCUAAAUGUCAGAUCUCUUAAAAACACUAUCCUAGAAUAAACUUCCCUAGUAACUGGUUGCUAGGUAGUGCCUCCCACCCCUCUGCCUGCUCUCUUCUCAAAAACUGGACACUGAAAACAACAUGGAAGAAAGACCCAGCUUCUCUCUUUGGCUAUUUUCUGCCGUUUUUCCAGGAACAAGCACUGCUGGCAGUGGUACCAACAAACUCCAGAACCCAUUUCCUCUGUGAUCCAGCACAUGUCCUUGAUUCUGUUAACACAAACUAUAACUGGUUGUUAUUACUUGCUAUUAGCAGAUGCAUCUGGACCUCACCAUGUCCCCUUUUGAGAAAAGUUCACCUUUCAUAUAGAGAAAGGAUCCAUCUCAUCCCUUCAGAGUUUCUUUAUUUGCCUCAUGCUUUUCAAAGGGAAAUGGGGCAAAUGAUGUUUAAAAAGAAGGCUCUAUCGAGUGAGGAGAAUAAGGGCAAAAAUGAGAAAAAAGACAAAGCCACAUUUCUUUUGCAGUGAUGAUGGCCUCCUCUUACUGAGGGACUGUUGUUGGUUGAGCUUCUACAGGCAUCCCCAGCAUGUCAUGACUUUUCCUCUCUUUCAAGCUAGUUAAACAACAGACAUAACUAUUACUGUUUCAGCCUCCUCUUUUCUCCAGAGAUUGGAGGUAAGGGAUUCCUGUAGCUUCCAGGAGGUUCUUCUUGCCUCUUUAGAAGCAUCUCUCUGAAGUAUUCAAGCUGCUUUGUUAGAGAGGAGACCAAACACAUCUUUUCCCCAAGUCAAGACCUCUACCACAGAGGCAAAUAAAGGGGGGGACAAAUGGGAGAAGAGUGGGGCUGGCCAAGAUUCAGAAUGUACUAAGAGGAAAAUAGUGCUGUGAAGACAUGGCGAACCUUGAGGUCAGAAGACUUUGGUUUAAGCAACUUAGAGGACUUAAAGACUAUACUGUGAAUUAGCUUAUAAUAGCACUCCCUAUUGUAAUGCUUUCCAAGAAAAACAAAAGGGAGACAGUAGUGUGAUUGGUCCUUGAUAAUACCAACUUUCUAAAGAAGAUGGAUGUACCUGAUGAAGCUAGAGCCCAGCCCUAGGGAAUGUGAUGGUAUGGUUAGAACUUUGGCUUCAAGGGAUAGCUGUUCCCCAAGUUCACUAGGUGAAUUGAUUUAUUAUUAUCAUAUUGAUAAUGUCUAAUUCUUCAGCCACUUGGGCAGUGGAGAUCCCUGGAAGCCAUUUAGGCAGUGCCUCACUGUUGCAACCCAGGGGCUGUCUUGGCUAAUACUCAUUUACUUAACUGGGAAGGUUGGUAGUCCAUUGCUAGCAUCUAUGAGGUUUGUUUUUUCUUCUCAAGUCUGCAAAUGAGGAUAGGGCUGAUCUGUAAGAAAAGGUACUGCAACACCCUCCAUCAUUUAUUAGUUAAAAACAGCAUCUUUUUUCUUUUUUCUUUUUGAUCCCUUGGGGAACUUUCCUCAUGUCAUUUUCAUGUAGGAAAAAAAUGAGGAAAAUGCCGAUAAUUCACUCACUGAUAAGAGUUUUCCCUCUUUGUUUUGCUUGUUGCCUUAGGUAGGCUGAGGUUGGGCUAUAUAAGGAGAAAUUUUGUGAUUAAGGAUUGUGGGAUAUGCAAUUUUCAUCAGAAUUAAGGCUCAUUUGUACCAAAGAGCUGUUUCCUUGGACUUUGGAACCUAUCUUUCUUUUAUUUUAAGCCAAUUCUUUUGUUUCCUUUUUCCCCAGGAGCUGGAGAAACCAAAUCUACUGUAGAUCAUUCUCUUAUACAGGAGAACCAGAAAACCUUUAUUUUUCUUAGCUCACAUUUAUAUUAAAAUAUGUUAAGUCUCUUCCAAAGGAUUCUGCCUUUCCAAAACAGUACUAAAUUCUUGGCUUUAGAAGAGAAUAUCAGUUUAGGGUGAAUGGCUUCCUGAUUUAGGAGAAUUGUUCAGUGGUAGAAAAAUUAUUUUAAAUCACUUAAAAAUCUGAAACAUUUUUAAAAAUAUGGCAUUUUUUCUGCCUUGCAUACAUCUUAAGAACUUUCUUUGCCUUUUCCCAUAGCUGCCUCAAGAAAGUUCACAUUACAAUGUAAAAUAGAGAAGAGGUCAGUUAUAGCAAAGGGGAAGAGACUUCGAAUAUUAUCGCAACUGAUUAAAAGCUGCCAUUAGUAACAGACCUGCCUCAUAUGCUGAAAAUAUGGCUGCUAUUGGUGGAUAACUCAGUGAUAUUUUAAUAUGCAUUCCCUCCACCGCAGUAUUAACUGUUGAAUUGUACUUUUAGAGCAAUUUGCUAUAUAGGUACCUGGAAUUACACUCUAUCUCUACCAUCUGCACCCCCAUUUUACUGCUUCUAUGGGCUAGCUCCGUUUUCCUAUUUGAAAUAGAGGAGGGUUGAGAUAGGGGAAGAAGAAAGUGCUGAGUUUAGUGCUUCUCUUCCAGGGCAGAAGAGUUAGACCAUAUAAAGAAUUCCCUCCCACUUUGAGGGGAGGCAGCUUUCCCUUGGUUAGUAGGAUUAUUCUCAGCUUUUUCAGAGUUAAGAGCUUGGUUGGGGGGUUAGAGUGUCUAGAGAAGUUACCAUUUGAAUGCUUAGAGUAUUGACACAUCAACCUUUAUUUGCUCUUCAUACUGAGCUCAUAAGAAGCCCCUUCAGUCUACUUUUUCUAUGGUCUAUAUUUAAAUGCAUCAUCUUCUACUAACAUAGUGGUCUCAAGAUGGCAAUUUGAAGAGGCACUCUAUUAUUUUACUUAGCAGUACACAUUGCAUUGAUGGUAUGCAAAAGGGGAAGUCAAUUAAAUUGAGUUUUUAUUAUUCAUUUCUUUUUAAAGUUCUACAAUUCCAUCACAGUAUUCUUUUUAAAAUCUCAGGUGUUAGAAAAAAACAAAACCCAAAAAUUUAUUGUCAUGUGGACUGUAACCAUUUUAUUUGUAAGAUUCUAUAAAUAAAUUUAUAUUCUGUAAUGACUGAGAA